GAUCCCUUAACCAUGAUUUCCUUCAAAGUAUAUUCCCCUUCCUCAUCCUCUUCCCAUGCUCAUGGUAUCAAUCUUCCACUCUGACCCAACUCAAGCUCUGAUUUCUCCUACUCCGUCGCCAAAAAUCUUGGAAGUAGAUGUCUUAGCCCGGGAAAAUCAAAUUUUCUCAAUAAUCAAUCUAUGGACGUUCCACCACGCCGCUCUUUGGCUGCGUCUCUCUCGCCUCUCCGGCUAAUCGAUGGACUCCCUCGUCGGAGGAGUUUCAAUUAUAAUCAGAUGCCUGAAGAGCCCAUCAAACUCACUGUUCUCAAGCUUGAUGGAUCUUCCUUUGGUAUUCAAGUGUUGAAGACAGCGACAGUAGGGGAGCUCAAGAUGGCAGUAGAAGCUGCGUUUUCUCACUUGCCCAUCUCAGGCCCUGGCAAGAUCUCAUGGCCGCAUGUUUGGGGACAAUUCUGCUUAUCUUAUGAAGAUAAAAGAUUGAUUAAUGAGUCUGAGUACCUCACUGAAUUUGGCAUUAAAGACGGCGAUCAGCUUCGGUUCAUCCGCCAUAUCUCAAACUACUGCAUGUUAAUGGUGAAGCAUAAGAGCAAGACACCCCGUGUUUCUUCUUUCAAACAACUCAAACUGUUCUCAACCACACCGGAAACCCGGAAAAAGAACGUAAUAAGGGAAGUUGAAGAAGACGGUGUUGUUGACUCCAUCCCUCGGAGCCAACCAAGCUUUCUAGCAACUGUAUUGGGAGGUUUGCUCUCUUACAAGUCGACGCCAAGUCAACGAGGUACUAAAUACAGAAACGUGACUGCAAGUAGAGUUUUUAACAAACUCAUUGCAAGGUUUCGUUUCAAGUGUAAUUCCGAGAAGGAUGUGUGGAACAGAAAAAAACUCAUAUCCGAAACCUAAAAAAAAGCACUCCUUUUCUAUCAUUUGAUUCUUGUAGAGAUUUUGAUUUCCUAAUCUUGGUGUUUAUAUACAAACUUGGAUGUUGUGUGUGUGCAAAAUGAAUAAGGCAUUGUGUAUUUACGUUUGUAGUGGAUAUAAUUGCAACC